AGGAAGCGGUGGGACUGGCUUGGGGUAGUAGUGAGCGGAUUUUCCGGGGCGCAGGAGGAACAUCAAGUUGGCAUAAAGCAGACCCAUUGGCAGCCGAAAGUCAGAGGAGGCCUCCAAGGCUGAAAAGGCAGGACAGGAGGCUUCUCAGCACACAAACGCUACAAGUUCGUGCUGAGGAAAUUUGAAGCUAACUGUCCGGCAUGAUGGAUUCCUGGGCUUCCAAAACGACAGACCUGGAAGGGACCUCGAAAAAAUAACUGCAGUCACAUGCCGCGUACCAGAACUGGUUACUUUCUUGAACACUUUUAACGCUCUCUGCUUGGAGCACUGAUUCCCACAGGUGACAUCAAUUCUCCACUUAGAAAGAAAGCCUGAGACUACAUUUCCCUGCAAGCCCUUUAGAAAAGAAGGCCAGGAGGAAAUAGACUUUCCGUUUCCGUUCGCUUGCAAUUUGGCGUGUUCGCGGUGAUACAUAUUUCAACAGCUAGCGUCCUUUCUGUGUACAUCUAAAGAAGAGACUACAUACCCCAGCAGGAACCCGCUGCCGCCGCUGCCGGGCCUGUGUCCGAACUGAGUGCGGGGAUUGCCACUUCUGCCGAGACAUGAAGAAGUUCGGGGGGCCCGGGCGCAUGAAGCAGUCGUGCCUGCUUCGGCAGUGCACUGCGUGGGGUACACGGAAGAAUCUGCCUCAGGUCUAUAGAAAGCUCAGCCCCUGCUGUUUGCCCGUGCCCCGGUAUCUGCAAGAGGAACCCAUCCCUUUCACCAGAGAAGAGCUUUUGUCUUUGGCCUCUUCCACACACCUUCGGCCCGUGCUCCCACACACAGCUGUAUGCCUCUUGUGUGGGGAGGCAGGGAAGGAGGAUACAGUGGAAGGAGAGGAAGAGAAAUUUAGUUUGAGCCUCAUGGAGUGUACAAUUUGCAACGAGAUCGUCCACCCUGGCUGCCUGAAGAUGGGAAAGGCUGAGGGUGUAAUUAAUUCAGAGAUUCCCAACUGCUGGGAGUGCCCCCGAUGUACCCAGGAAGGACGGACAAGCAAGGAUGCAGGUGAGGGUCCAGGGCGCCGUAGGGCUGACAAUGGUGAGGAAGGCGCUAACCUAGGGGGUGGAUGGAAGCUGACAGAGGAGCCACCACCACCACCACCUUUGCCCAGAAGAAAGGGACCCUUACCUGCUGGCCCAACCCCUGACGAUGUGCCUGGGCCCCCCAAACGGAAGGAGAGGGAGGCAGGGAAUGAGCCCCCCACCCCAAGGAAAAAGGUGAAAGGAGGCCGAGAGAGGCACUUGAAGAAGGUGGGUGGAGAUGCCUGCCUCCUCCGAGGAGCGGACCCAGGCAGCCCCGGCCUUCUGCCCCCCAGGGUUCUGAAUCCGAGCCAGGCAUUCUCAUCCUGCCACCCUGGGCUCCCUCCCGAGAGCUGGGAGAAACCAAAGCCACCUAUGGCCUCUGCUGAGGGACCAGCAGUGCCAUCCCCAUCACCACAGAGGGAGAAACUGGAGCGUUUUAAACGGAUGUGCCAGCUGCUGGAGCGGGUGCCUGAUACCUCCUCGUCCUCCUCGGACUCAGACUCUGACUCAGACUCAUCUGGCACAUCACUUAGUGAGGAUGAAGCUCCGGGGGAGGCUCGCAAUGGGCGGCGGCCAGCCCGGGGCAGCUCUGGCGAGAAGGAGAACCGUGGGGGGCGGCGGGCUAUACGCCCUGGCAGUGGGGGACCACUGCUCAGCUGGCCCCUGGGCCCUGCCCCACCACCACGGCCUCCACAGUUGGAGCGGCACGUGGUACGGCCCCCGCCUCGAAGCCCUGAGCCUGACACUCUGCCUUUGGCUGCUGGAUCCGACCACCCCCUGCCUCGGGCUGCCUGGCUUCGUGUCUUCCAGCACCUGGGACCCCGAGAGCUGUGUGUCUGCAUGCGAGUCUGCCGGACUUGGAGCCGCUGGUGCUACGACAAGCGUCUGUGGCCUAGGAUGGACCUAAGCCGAAGGAAGUCACUGACCCCACCCAUGCUUAGUGGAGUUGUUCGCCGCCAGCCCCGUGCUCUGGACCUCAGCUGGACAGGUGUCUCCAAAAAGCAGCUCAUGUGGCUUCUGAACCGACUGCAAGGCCUGCAGGAGUUGGUGCUUUCCGGGUGCUCCUGGCUCUCCGUCUCUGCCCUGGGCUCGGCCCCACUGCCGGCACUUCGGCUCUUGGACCUCCGCUGGAUUGAAGAUGUCAAAGACUCCCAGCUUCGUGAGCUGCUGCUGCCUCCACCAGACACUAAACCAGGGCAAACGGAGAGCAGAGGUCGGCUGCAGGGUGUGGCAGAACUUCGCCUGGCAGGCCUGGAGCUCACUGAUGCCUCUCUGAGGCUCCUACUGCGCCAUGCUCCCCAGCUCAGUGCCCUGGACUUGAGUCACUGCGCCCAUGUUGGGGACCCGAGUGUCCACCUCCUCACAGCUCCCACUUCCCCUCUCCGAGAGACACUGGUGCACCUCAAUCUCGCUGGAUGCCACCGCCUCACGGACCACUGCCUUCCACUGUUCCGUCGCUGCCCCCGUCUUCGCCGCCUGGACCUACGCUCCUGCCGCCAGCUCUCACCUGAAGCUUGUGCCCGGUUGGCAGCUGCUGGGCCACCUGGCCCCUUUCGCUGCCCAGAAGAGAAACUACUUCUCAAGGACAGCUAGUUGGAUGCCUAUGCUCCGUUCCCCCGGGACUGUACCUCUCGCCUUCAUUUCACCCCGUGGGAGGCCAGGUUAUUUUUCUUCAUGACUUGGCACUCCUCUAAGUGUAAUGACUUGAGAUUCCUGCCCAGUGACUUGAGCCAGCCUCCCCCUUCUCCCACACCUGCACUGAUAUCUCCGGGGGCCUUUGCUUCCCCUCUCUCCCUUCCACCUGCUUCAUUGUCCAUCCCCUUGGGGGAAUGGGUCAAGAGGUACUGGGGAGGUGCUGAGCCAAAGGGACGGUGGGAGGGGCGGUGAGAGUGCAAGUCUCAAGCAGGGAAGAGUGAGGGAAGUGAUAUCUUGUACACAGGAUACUGGGAGUGCGGAAGGGUGGGUGUGGGGAGGGCAGAAAGCCGACCAACAAGGGUUCAGGGAACAAAAACCAGUUGGGUGGGAUGGGGGGCCAAAAAGGGAAACCAGAGGAGCAAUUGGGGAAUCCAUGAAUCAGAUAGGGGGCUCUAGAAGCCAAGACAUGCCAGGACUGGGGGCUGGGAGAGGAGCAGAUGUGGAGAUAGUAAGUACCCUCUCUGGGGUUACCCCUCUCCCCUUCCUUCCACCCAGAUUUCAGUUCUUUCCCCCACCCAGACUCCUUGAACGUCACUGAAAAUGGCAGCUAUUGCAAGGAGUAGGGCCACGGGUCUACCUGUUGUCCAGCUCGUGGUCCAGGGGAGUGGUGAGGGGUAGCCCAGACCCCUGCCUGGCUCUCUACACAAUACUUGAACAUUCAUCUGUACUGAAGUGUUACUUGAACCGGGGGAACCUCGGACCUGGGGGAUUGUGGUGUGAGGGGACCGGCUUGACCAAGACUGGGCUAGUGGGUACCCAGUUUGGACCGUCCCACCCCCAACUCUCUCUGUCUUGAACAGCUCCACCCCUCUGACCCGAGUUGGGGGUGGGGGAUGUCAGCUUAAAGAUGGGCAAGAUGGGACUUCUCCA